UCGGAAGACACUAUAUUGACCAACUGCGCCUAUGCAGUGAUUUAUUAAGCAGUCUCUUGCAUCAUCACAUCUGCAGGUGAGCAACGGAAUUACUACACGAUAAUAAAAGCAAAGCCAUUUCCGGACUUUAACAGCUGAUUUUGAGAAAAAUGGAGGAAAUUCUUCCUUUGCGAAUCUACCAGACCAUCGUAGGUAUUCUUGGAAUCCUUGGCAAUGCUCUGGUCUGUUUUGUCAUCUUGAAAAUACCAGCCAUGCAAACCCGUACAAACACUUUCAUCUUCCACCAGGCAGUGAUUGAUUUCUUGGGUUCUACGAUGGCUCUCUUGAAUAGUGAAGUCAUGGUACCAGACCCCAUCCCUAGCAACGCUCUCGGAUGGUUCAUCUGUCAUGUCUGGUCUCCUUUCAUUCUUUUCUUCUUGUACGUGAUGUCUACGUUCAACCUGUUAGCGUUGACCAUGGAGCGGUACUUGGCCAUCGUUCACCCCUUCAAGCACCAGGCAGUACUCGCCGCAUGGCCUCGUCUCAAAGUCGGUUUAGCAUUAACAGUGUUUUGGGCUCUCGCGUUUGGCUUGAACAUCUACACUCUCGCACUUUUUCGAGAAGAAAACGGCCAAUGUGUUCCAAAUCUUAUUCCCGGAUCCAACAUCAUGGGGAUCAUAGUUAUACUUAUGCAAUACAUCUUACCCGUAGGAAUGAUGUUAUUCGCCUACAUUCGCAUCGGUAAGGAGAUGAAGCGGGGAGCGGCCCGUGUCGGCCCGGCACCAGCCGCACAUCUUCCCGGUGGAGCAAACGCACCAGACAUGGCCAAUUCCCUCCUCCGGGCCAGACGCAACACCUUCAAGAUGCUCCUGAUCGUUUUCAUCACAUUCGUGAUCUGCUGGACACCCAACCAGGUCAUCUUUCUUAUGUUUAAUCUUGGUUUUCAAUUGACACUGACAGAAUGGUUUUAUUAUCUCUCUGUUGCCAUGGUAGCUACUAACUCUUGCGUCAACCCUUUCAUUUACGCAUUGAAAUACCGUCAGUUUCGCAAAGGUCUACGUCGGAUCUUUUCCCGUGCUCGGGAACAGACCGAGAACUCCGGUACAGAACAAUCUCUGUCCUAUAAUGUAUCAAACCAAGUUAACACUUGA